AUGCUGAGUAGCUGGACAAACAAAACUGGCCUCGCCUCUGGUGGUAGUGGCGGCCUCAGCCAUUCAGAAUCCAUUCAGACAAUCAAUGCCCGUCAUCACGACUUGCCCGUCGAGCCACCUUCCUAUCUAUCAGCUGCGGUUCGCGCUCUCAAAGGUAGCCUACCAAUACUGACUCCGCCUAGCAAUGCACGAACCAAGGGCCCUUUCAAGCCGCGCUCAACGAGAGGAACAAGUAGCUACCAAUUACGAAAGUUCGCGGAGGAGACAUUGGGGAGUGGUAGUUUGCGAAAAGCGGUCAAAUUGCCGGAGGGAGAGGAUGUGAAUGAAUGGCUGGCCGUGAAUGUUGUCGACUUCUACAACCAAAUAAAUUUGCUGUAUGGCUCUAUUACAGAAUUUUGCUCGCCGCAAUCAUGUCCCGAGAUGAAAGCUACAGACGAGUUCGAAUAUCUCUGGCAAGACUCGGAAAACUAUAAACGACCAACAAAAAUGUCCGCGCCCGAAUACAUCGAACAUUUAAUGGCCUGGGUUCAAGGAAACAUUGAUAACGAACAAAUGUUUCCCAGCCGAACCGGCGUCCCAUUCCCAAAAGCAUUCCCCUCCCUAAUCCGCCAAUUAUUCAAGCGAUUAUAUCGUGUUUACGCGCAUAUUUACUGCCACCAUUACCAUGUGAUUUUGAAGCUUGGUCUGGAGCCGCAUCUCAAUACAAGCUUUAAGCAUUAUGUGUUAUUUAUCGACGAGCACAAUCUUUCCAGCGGUAAGGACUUUUGGGGUCCAUUGGGGGAUUUGGUAGAGAGCAUGUUGAGAAGUGAUUGA